CACCCCUCCCUCCCCGUAUUUAACCCAUUCAACUUAUCACCUCCAUACCUCUUCUACUUCCCCAACAGCGUCAAUCUCAAGCCUCAAACUACUCAUUGACUUAAUCACGGACUCACCAUCCUCCAUCACCCCAAUCGCUUGACUUCAAACACCAUGAUUUCCUUCUUUGCCAAUAUCCCCGGAGUUCAACGACCAUCUCCUUCGACAACAGUACCAAAGACUAAACCAUCGAACAAAAUCCCACCUCCUAAACCUCGACCACCUGUACAUACUUGGGAUUCUUUGAGAACGAAGGGAACACCUUUGAUAGUACAUGCUUCUUCCAUCUCCAAUUCGUCAAAACGUGUGACUUCUCCUAGACCUUUGGAAACUACCAAAUCGUCCAAGGACAAAUAUUCUCAUACCGUCUCUGGGUCAUCUAAAUCCAAAACUUCAGACUCUCAAUCUAUCUCUGGAUCGUCUAAAUUGAAGACUUCCAAUUCUCAAAUUUCCUCUGGGUCAUCAAAAUCCUUUUCGAGCUCCAAGUCGACAAGUGACAAGGUCAAAUCUAGAUCGUCCAGUGCGACUGAAGAUGAUAUCUCUAGUAACUACACAUCUCGCUCAGCGGGCCAAGGUACAUUCAAAGAUGAUGGAUCAACAAAUACGUAUCAUUCUCGUAAGAACGUAACAUCUACUUUGAAAAAAGAGAAAGUUGGUAGGAAAGUAUCUGAAGUUCGAUCUGGAGUUAAAUCGAUAAAGAGGGCGAAGAAAGGUUGGGAAAGUGUAAUGAGGGUUUAUUCAGAAUCAGAAUCGGAAUCAGAAUCGGAAUCAGAAUCGAAUUCGGAUUCAACUUCAUCCUCUUCUGACUCGGAAUCAACUUCGGGGGAUGUAUCUUCCAUUGCGCGUAAGGAGGGGAGGAACGGAAAUGGGAAAAUCACGGAGAAGAGGAAGAGAAAAAAAGGAGAAAAAAAUGGAAGUGGAAAGAGAAAGAAGAGAAAGAUCGGGGUUCCAUUAGAUUGGGGAUUGUCUGUUGUGGAAAGACAGGUGUUUGAUAUUGAAGAAUCUAAUGAGGAACGGUGGAAAGGUUUUUUGGGAUCUGAAGUGGCCUUGAGAGGAAUGAAAGAUCCUGUAGAAUUUGUGAAGGAUCAGAUAGGAGUAGAGGAGAGAUUGAAGGGAUUGGAAAGAUAUGUCGCUUUCUUUCCGCAACCUGGUUUUGAGAAAGAAGCCAUGCCCAGUGUAGAACUACAAUAUCCCGUAGUCGGAUGUACGGAACGGUUCUUGUUACUUCAUACGACUACUGUUGGGGAAUACCAACCGAUCUCUGAACUUCGAAAUUGUUUGAGGAUCAUUCUUGAUGUCUACAUCCCUCCAUCCCAUCGUCACAUAUUCGGUACCCUUUCCGAUACUUUUGACCCUUCCUCCUCCCCUCAACCUCAUACUCCUCUUCACGCAUCCCUCUCUCCAGCUCCGACUGACUCACCCGCCCCUCAUCCCGAAGGAACCAUAGCAGAUUCUCUCCGUCGUGCUCUUUCUCGUAAUCGUCGUGACGGUCCCGCUUUCCUUCGCGCCAUGGAUCGUUUCAACUCUGCGAUCAAAGAUCUUCAGAAGCAAGGUUUACUUAGAUCAUACUUGAGAGAAAGACCGAAAAGUUUAACUCAAAGGGAAUGGGGAAGAGUGGUGGAAGUGGUACAUGAACAAGCUUAUGCAAGAACGGUAGGACCUUGGUCACAUGAAUUAGAACAUCAUCCUAAACAUCCGGACGAGGUGGCCAAAGUGAUCACAGCGAAAGAAGAUAGUUAUGGAGAGUUGAGACAUGCUUUCGUGAAUAAAGUUAUUGAACAAACUAAAUUGAGUUCAGGGUCGGUUUUCGUGGAUUUAGGCAGCGGAGUGGGCAAUUGCGUCGUUCAAGCUGCUCUUCAAGCAGGGAGUAAAGCAUACGGAUUCGAACUUCUCCCCAUACCAUCUCUAUGUGCUAGGAGACAAGUGGAAGAGGUCAAAAGACGUUGGGCCAUGUGGUGUUUGAAAGGAAACGAUGAGGUAGAGGUUCAUGAAUGUGAUUUCAGAGGGAAUGAAGAGGUCAUGAGACGGUUAAGAGAAGCUGAUGUCGUGUUGGUCAAUAACGAAGUAUUCCCUUCUUCUCUCAAUAUUGAACUAGAACACAUGUUCCUCGAUUUGAAAGAAGGUGCGACGAUCGUCAGUUUAAAACCUUUCGUCUCGGAAUCAUUCCGUAUGACAGAAUCGAAUUGCGAUUCAUUCGCCGCUAUCGUCCGUUCUACCUCGCAUACCUACGCACGCGAUUGGGUGUCGUGGAAAGGCGAUUCGGGAGGAUAUCAUUGUCAAGUGAUCGAUCGUUCUAUGAGGAGGAAGUUCGAGGAAGGAUUGAGAAAAACGUCCCGACGAGUGUAG